UGAAUUUUGGAAUGUAUUUGACAGCCGAGUUAGCUUAAUGUUUACUAUAGGAGAAAAGGAAUAAAUUCCAUGUUGAAAUUCGUAGAAAAAGAAUUGAAAAUACAUUUUAAUAGAAACGCGCAAUUUUUGUUCAAAAUAAGGUUGGGUGUUGUGAAUGAUUUCAAGGACCUUGAAUUACUAGCAUAAUAUGCACUAGAGCUUUACAAUCGAGGAAACCUCUAAGAAUGUGAAAAUUACUUAAUAAAAAUAAAUUAAUAUGCUUAGUCAGAAUAUAGUGCUAAUCUUAAGUCCAUAAAUACCAUUAAUUUUCUUGGUGAGAUUGCAACGACUUGCGAUCCUCAUAUUUUAGAAAUGGUUCUAAACAUAUAUUAAAAGAUUUACUUGCCUGAAUGUUUAAAUCCAUAUUUGCUAUCUCAAAUUUAGAGAUUUGAAAAUAGUGAUUUAGUAUAAUAAUUUAUUGUACUUUUAAAUAAAAUAGCAUAAAACAAUUUAGUAGAUCAUUUAAUAGAAUAAUGUGAUUUUGUAUCUUAUUUAGUAGAAAUCUCACUCCUAUUAGAUAAAUUUGAAGAAUGGUUUUAAAUAGUAGAAUUACUUGGAAGUUAUAUAAAUCAAGCAUCAUAAUAUGUAAUAUAUUAUCUAUAAAUGUUUAGUAUAAGUAAUUAGUUAUGACAUGCAUAAAAUUUAUUGAAUAAGAUACAGAGCUAUCAACAUUAUAAAUUAUUUUAGCAAUGAUUUCAUGUGAAAAAGAUAAUAAAGAUUCUAUUAAUUAUCUACUUACAAAUGAUAAAUUCAUAAAUUUGAUAAUGGAUAAAUUGGAGAGGAAAAAUCUUACUGCAAUAUCUAUAAUUACAAAAAUAGUUGAAGAUUCAGAUGAAGGAACUAUUUAAUUCUUAUAACAUGGAUUAUUAAAGAUAUUGAGUAAUUUAUUUUUUGAAAUGAGAGAAAAUCAAACUGCUUUUAUUUAUAUAACAGCAAAUAUAUGUUUUCUUAAGAAUGAUUAUGUAAUUACUGAAGUUGUUACAUCUGAAAUUUUUAAUACUAUUUUGGCACUUGAUGAAUAAGAACUUGAAAAAAACGAUUUUAUUUACAUUAGUCAAAUGUUAAAAUAAUUAAUUAGAAAAUAUUCUAAUGAGAGAUUGUAUCAUUAUCUCUUAACAAAAACAGAUUAUGUUUAUAUGAUAGGUCAUUUAAUGAAGUAAUAUGAAUUAUUAGAGGUUAUGUAGAAUACUAUAUCUUUUAUUCUACAUAUGGCUAAUUCACAAUCUGAUGAAUUAACUAAAUUAUUUAGAUAUGUAUUAUAUUUUUAUAAAGAAAUAGAAAAUUAGUGGAAAACCAAUUGAAUAUAUGCUUACUAACAUUUAAUACAUAUUUUAGGAUAUUAAUAUAAUUGAAAAAGUUUAUGAUUUCUUAAAUAUCAAAAACGAUUGA